AUGCACGAAAAUGAUGCACAUGACCUCAGUCCGCCGCAAUGUUCGUCUGCUAUGCGGCUCCACGAGAUGCUGCUGGAGGGGAAUCUUGGAGAGUAUGCAGAACAUGCAUUACAGUCCAGUCGUCAUUUUAAAGAUCAAUAUCAGAGUCUAAGAGCUUGCGACGACUAUUAUGAUGCACUUGUUAAUAGUAAUAACAACGUUGCUGCAAGUCAGGACAGAAAGAAAGCAGCAUGGACGUCGUAUUCCGCGUAUCUUGAUUGUAUCGGCAAGGCGCUUUGUGAGAAACCUCUGCUGGAGUGGAAGGCUUGUAUCUCAUCAGUCAAGAUAGGGAAGAAGCACAUUCAGGAGUGUGCACAGACAAAACGAUUGCUUGAACGUUGUCUACGCAGUAAGAGUGAAGAGAUUCUACGAGCGUCGCAGCCCCAAGUUUUUCGUCCUAAUGCUGUUCCGUAG